GAGUGUUGCAAACUACUUGCAGACGAUAGUGUACAGGUAUCUAAUCCAUCGUGACCUUCAAUCCGCGAGUUACAACCUGAGCUUGCGUUCUGAAGAGAGGUUUAGUCACUGAGCAUGAGCGUAGAAAACGUACAUGACAUGGGACUAUGCAUUCCCAGCCGUAGUACGCAUCGCAAUCGACGGCCUUCAUGAUGAUUUGGGAUGUGGUCACAAAGAGGUAUUUCCGCUCAAGAUUGGCAGUGACUUGGAUGGAAUAUGCAUCACGACAAGAAAAGUAAGAGGUCACUCCCAUGCCUACGACAUACUGGCCACCAUUUAAAUCUACGACAGACUAGACGGUGUCCGUAUUUGUGCAUGAGGGACAUGUUCACACCGUUCUGGGCAGAGAUUCACGCAGCAGCAAAUGAGAGUGAAGCCUGAGGCUUG